UUCCUAACCUAACACUUUGAAAGGGGACUACAUAUUUAGCAAUAUUAUGAAAUUCAAAUAUUUUUUUUAGAAAAUAACUUUGUGUUUAAUGCAACUUUUAGUCAAUUGGGUGCUAUUGAUAUAGAAAUGUCGAAAUUGCAAGAUGGACUAGCUAUUAUUCGUAGCCUACGAAUGAUAGCAGAGUCUGGAAUUGAAUUACAGCAAACCAACUUGAAAAUAGUUUGGGACAAUUCCAGCCUGAAAAUUUUAGCUAGGGAUUUAUUGAAAUUCGAAAAAAAAUUUAGUGAAAAAAAUGUUAAUGAAAAGAAUUUGGUCAAAAAUGUUGAAGAAAUUAUUUCCAAAGCAUCAACAGUUAUGCAAAGUGUUCAAAUAUAUAAUUAUAAAACAUAUGUUGAACCUAUUUUAAAAGAUGAUCAAAUAAAAGAAGUUUCUAAAGCAAAAAAACCUAUUGAAAAAUUUUCCAGCAAUUCAAAAAUUGCUGAAGAUUCUUAUGAAAUUAAAUUAACAUCUGCUGAUCGGGAAUUAUUGAGAAAAUUAGAUAUGGAACAUGAAAAAAUGAAAGAUAAUUUUGCUGUAGAUACUACAAAUACAGAGUUGGAAAAUAGCAAAAAUGCUAGUGUGUUUGAAAUUGAUCCAAUAAAGACAAAACCCAAAUAUGUUCCAAAUCCAAAAUCUUUAACUUUAAGUUCAGAAUCUAAACAAAGAAGUGUGCCAUCUUCGAGAAUUGGAAGAAUGGUUUCAUUUGGGACUCUUGCUGCAGGUUUAGGUGUAGGUACUGUAGCAGAAUAUGCAAGGAGAACAUUAGGGUUCAGUUCAUCUAAUGAUAACCAGAUGGCUUUUAUGACAGAAGCUAAUCUUAAUAGAAUUGUUGAUACAUUGUGUAAAGUGAGAGGCGCUGCAUUGAAAUUGGGUCAGAUUUUGAGCAUACAGGAUGAUUCAGUAAUACAUCCAGGUUUAGCAAAAGCAUUAGAAAGAGUCAGGAAAUCAGCCGAUUUUAUGCCUGAUUGGCAGGUAGAUCAAGUACUCUCAAAAGAAUUGGGUGCAGAAUGGCAAACAAAAAUGAAUGAGUUCCAAAGGAGACCCUUUGCUGCUGCUUCUAUUGGUCAGGUACAUCUAGCAAAAACAAAAGAUGGACAACCAGUAGCUAUCAAAAUCCAGUAUCCAGGAGUAGCUGAAAGUAUUAAUAGCGACAUUGAUAAUUUGACUGGAAUAAUGAAUUUAUGGGAAAUAUUCCCUAAAGGGAUGUUCCUUGAGAAUUUAAUGACUGUUGCAAAACGGGAGCUGGCAUGGGAAGUUGACUAUAAAAGGGAAGCUGAAUGUACUAAAAAAUUCAAAGAACUUCUAGCACCAUACCCAGAAUAUUAUGUGCCUUCUGUUGUCGAUGAACUAUCUACUCAACAAAUUUUCACUUCAGAACUUCUUAAUGGAAUUCCUGUUGAUCAAUGUUUCGAUUUAGACAUUGAAGACAAACAUUUCAUUGGCUAUAAUAUAAUACGAUUAUGUUUACUGGAAAUACUCCAAUUCAGAUACAUGCAAACAGAUCCAAAUUGGGCUAAUUUCUUAUACAACCCAGAACGAAAACAGAUCAUGCUGUUAGAUUUUGGAGCAAGCCGACAAUAUUCAAAAAAAUUUAUGGAUAAAUACGUUAGAAUAUUGAAAGCAGCUUAUGAUUGUGAUAGGGAAACAAUUAAAAAUAUUUCUGGAGAAAUUGGAUUCUUUACAGGAUAUGAAAGCAAAGCCAUGGUUGAAGCUCAUGUGAAUGCAGUGAUGAUUUUGGGUGAAAUAUUCCAAUGCGAUGAGCCUUAUGAUUUUGCAAAUCAAAAUAUGGCAGAGAGAAUUCAGCAUUUAGUUCCAACAAUGUUGAGUCACAGACUGUGUCCGCCUCCAGAAGAAAUUUAUUCGUUGCAUAGGAAGUUAUCCGGAGUAUUUUUAUUAUGUGCUAAGCUCAAAGUGCCUCUAACCUGUAGAAAAUUGUUUUUAGAUUUAUAUAAUGAGUAUAUAGAGAAAAAUUAAGCUAAUAAUUUUUGUUAAACGUUGAAUAAAUUAUAAUUGUCGAAAACAAGCUCAUUGUACAAACCUAGGAACAAAUUUAGUCUAAUAUUGAAAAUUAAAUCUCCAAACAGAGCUCCAAAUUAUUUGGUCUCAAUGUUA